AUGACGAUGUCUCAGCGAAACGAUAUGAUGACGGAUGCCGAUUUAAUGGAUGCAAUUCAAGCCCUUGGAGAGCAAGAACAGAACGAUGAAGUGAAAGAAUUAUUGAAGAUGAUGAGUGAUAAUCGUAUAAUAAGUUGGGAAGAAGCGGAACAAAUUAUGGGUUGCAACACGUAUAAAGGCCCUGUCAAAUCUUCAUUACCUCCACAAACCAGGCCUAUGGAGCCAGAUAAUGACACUGAUGUGGACUGGUCAAUACAGCAGUUACAAAUGGAUGACCCAAAACUGAAACAAGUUAAUUUAAACAACAUGAAACGCACACCCAUUCCACAGCUGAAACGACUUUUAUCUGCAAUAAAAAAUAAUACACAUCUGGAGAAAAUAGCACUCGCCAAUAUGGGUUUGUAUGAUAACGAUUGUGAGCCUAUAUUUGAUGUGGUAGCAAGCAAUACUACACUAAAAUCUAUCAAUUUGGAAACAAAUUAUCUUAGUGGUGAUUUUUUUGCGCGUUUAUUUAAAGCAGCUUUAGUAAAUCAGACACUUGAAGAAGUAAAAGCUGUUAACCAGGGUGUUACAUUUGCUACCACAGCUGAAAAGGAGAUCAUCGAUGCGGUAUUUCAAAAUAGAGGCUUGACAAAAGUAUCAAUUAAUCUUCGAUUGCCAGAAGGUCGACAUAAAAUCGAAAACGCAUUAAUUAGAAAUCAAGAAAUAAGAAGAAUACUGAGGCGUCAAGCAGCUGAAGAAGCAGAAGCGAAAAAGAGAACUGAAGAAGUUAAUAAAUUGGUCGUUAAGCCAGAAAUGCAAUCUGGAAAACUUCAGCCGAUGAAACCUGCCAUUUUGGAAAGUACAUUGCAAGCACCACUCGCAAAAAAACAACCACCUCGUAUUGUUGGAAAUUCUGGAAACGAUUCAAUUAAUGCCACUAGCAAUUUAUCGAAGGCACCUUUAACUGAAAAAAACAACAAAUCACUCGGAAAAACAACUGAACCAAUCGAAUCUUUCUCUAGAGUUGAUCCAGUGAAAAUCACAACAUCAAAAAAGACAGGGAUUAAAAGAGCGUCCACAAAAACAAAAAUGAUUGAUACUAAUGUGGACGAAACAUUUGGAAAAGCAAAAUCAAAGAAAACAGUAUCAAAGAAGAUCUCUCUGGAACAAGCAGUUCCGGAAAUAGAGUUAAGUACAGAAGAAGUGCUCAGAAAGCUUUCCCUACCAAGAAAAUCUUCACCUACUGUAAGAGAAAGUUCCGCUCCUUUUGGAACCAAUGAAGCAGCUGCUGCUAUAUCCGCAGAUUCCACUCUUUCAAGAUGGCAAGACAAACCAUGCGAUAAUUUGAUAACGAGCAACAAUGCCAUAAUGCCAGGAGAAGAAGAAACGGACCACACUGUACCAGUGCGAAACAGCAAUCAGCAUUUCGAUAAGAAAUCUGCAGGAUUGGUGAACAGUACUCGAAAUUCUUCUCUAGUCCCUCCAGUUUUUCUUGUUGCUGAACAGAAAAUUGGCUCAGUAAAGAGGAAUUUCUCGAUUCCAUCAAAAAGGAAUUCAACAGAACAAGAGAAAAUUACUGCGAAACUUGAUGAACUGAAAAAAUUUUCACUGCGUUCCAGUCCCUUUAAUCCACCAAUACCAGUUUAUCCUUUGAAAAGAGAAAGUAAUUCAUAA